AUGCUUCACUCUAACUCUAUAUAUCCGUCACCUUCGCCACCAACAUUGUACACUUCACACAAUAAUAGUAACAAUAUACCCAAUGGUUCGCAACUUUCUUGGGAGUUUCUGCGAAAACAAGCUCGACAAUUAGAGAAUGAGAUCGAACAGAAACUCACCAGUUACUCAAAGAUAGCAACCAGUGUCGGGAGAAACAGUAGGAUCGUCGAUGGGGGUGUUGGUAGUGGUAACGCUGCUGCUGGGAAUUCGAAUGAAGCCAUGGAAUUAGAAUUAGAUGAGUUAUUGAAAAAAUUAUCGAUGGUUGUUAAUUCUAUGGCAGAGGUUGUUGAUCGACCAACCACUGUACCCACAAGCCCAUCCAUUAUGCACAUGCUUCAACGACAUCGCGAUAUUCUAUAUGAUUAUACAAAAGAAUUCAAAAAAACACGAGCAAAUAUUCAGGCGGCUAGGAAUCAUGCAGAUUUACUGAGUUCUGUUCGUGAAGAUAUAAGUUCGUUCAAGUCAGGAGUAUCAAGUGAAACUGAUUAUUUUCUGAGUGAGCGAGGUCGUAUUGAGAAUUCUCAUAGGAUGGCUGAUAUGGUGUUGGAACAAGCAUUUGCAACGAGAGAAGAAUUCGGGCGGCAAGGUGCCACUCUAUUAAACAUUAACAAAAGGAUCGCAGGUGUCACAAGUAUAUAUCAGCCAAUUAAUUUUAAUAAUCUGACGUGA